CCCAUCGAGAUCCGGUCGCUCCACAAGGAGGGGUCCCACACGGCCCAGGGCCAGGUCCACAUGUGGCUCGAGAUCCGGCCCGAGCGCGAGGCGCUCCGCGAGCCGCGGACGGUCCUCGAGGCGCCGGAGAAGCGCGAGUUCGAGGUCCGCGUCAUCUGCUGGAAGACGAAGGACGUGCCCUACGAGUCCGGCGACUACUACGCCGAGUUCCAGAUCGGCGACAGCAAGAAGCAGUGCACGGACAUCCACUGGCGCUGCCGCAGCGGCCGCGCGUCCUGGAACUGGCGCCUCAAGUUCCCCGUGGAGCUCCCGCUCGCGUCGCCGGAGCUCGGGCGGCUGAACGUCCAGCUCUGGGACAAGGACAUCAUCAAGUGGAACGACAUCAUCGGCCAGUCCCAGCUCGACCUCUACCGCUGGCUCCUCAAGGCCUACCGCGAGAACCGGGCCUGGCUCAAGAUGACCUACAAGGACCAGAAGCGGCACCGCGUCUACCACCGCGGCGCGAUCGCCAUCUCCGUGGAAAUCCUGCCCAAGGAGGACGCGGAGAACCGGCCCGCGGGCCACGGCAUCGCGGAGCCGAACCAGAACCCGACGCUCCCGCCG